CUGCGGCAUGGAUGCGGCUUAGUCUUCUUCUAGAAAGAUGCGGCUACUGGAACUCUGCGACAACAGCACGACACGACGCGUGACUUGGCAAUGAUAAAACUGACCGUAUUUUCGCGCGCUAUAUCCUCCAAACUCGACCGUCUAGAAUCAAUCCCAAUGAUAGUUGCUUGCCCGCGUGAAACUCAUCUUUCGCUGCAAUCUUCCGGAGAAGCGCAUUACUCGCAAGUAUGGGUAACAGCGGGAGCAAAGUCACAGCCCAGGAUAAGGCCAUACUCGACCUGAAAAACCAACGCGACAAGCUACAUCGUUACCAGAAAAAGAUUACUAUCCUGACGGAUAAGGAGACGGAGAUAGCCAAACGGAUGCUUGAACAGGGCGAUAAGAAAAGAGCAUUGCUGGCAUUACGGCGGAAGAAGUAUCAGGAGUCUCUGCUUGCAAAAACAGAUUCUCAACUAGACCAACUCGAGAAAUUGGCAAAUAGUGUCGAAUUUGCCCUGAUACAAAAGGAUGUCGUGUUUGGACUACAGCAAGGAACAAAGGUCCUCGAGGAGAUACACAAGGAGAUGGGAGGCAUAGAGCAUGUCGAGAAGCUGAUGGGCGAAACGGCAGAUGCUAUCGCAUAUCAAAAGGAAAUCAGCGAGAUGCUGGGCAACAGCAUGUCAAACCAAGACGAGGACGAGGUGGAAGACGAGCUCGCUGCUUUGGAGGCAGAGGUGAAUGGUGUCUCUGCAUUACCAAAUGCGCCGCAAACCAAUCUACCAAAGGUCAAGGACCCGGUUGCGGCCGAGUCUACAACACUGAUCAAAAGGCUUUCUGCUACUCCUGUACUUGGAGCACAAAAUGAUAUUCACCAUACCGCCGGCACCCUAGAUCCCCAAGGUCUUUUGCAGGCCAACAAAGCAACCUUUUUCUUCCAGCUGGAACGCGAGCUUGAGAAAGUGAAUGCUUUCUAUCUGCAAAAGGAAGCCGAGCUCAAAAUUCGGCUUAAAACCCUUCUCGACAAAAAGAAGGUCUUACAAUCGAGAGGUCAUGGAGUCUCGAGGCGCUCCGCCAAGUUUGCUACUCUUCAGGAGGGCUUUCAGCAGUUCGCAAACGACUUGAACAAGCUACAGCAAUUUGUAGAGAUCAACGGGACUGCCUUCUCAAAGAUUCUGAAGAAAUGGGACAAGACAUCAAAGUCCAAGACAAAGGAGCUGUACCUGUCUAGGGCAGUCGAAGUCCAGCCGUUCUUCAACGCCACAGUCAUUAGCGAGCUCUCCGAUCAGGCCACUACCAGCUUGCAAGAACUGGGCGCUUGGGCAGACGGCGACAACGUGACCUUUAGUGAUCACCGGGAUCAUAUAGUUACCAGCCAGAACCUACUAGGAACCGACGAAGGCGAUGUCGACACCCUGCUGCUUGAGACGGUGAUAUCGGGUAACCUGGACUCGUUGAAGGAUUUGCUAAUGCGGAUGCGGUCGUCUUCUCCUGAUCCCGGCGCUACGUCAGACAUGGAUGUUCCCCUGAAAGAACGCAUCACUCGGACAUUUCUAGCCUCGAUAAACGAGGGUCCUCAAGCCUCAUUAGAGGUGCUCUUGAACACUGGCUUGGUCGAUAUCCAGUCAGAAGACGACAUAAAUGAGAGAAACUGCCUGCAUCAAGCCGCCAUAUACAGCAACUCAUUCGUUCUGCAGUAUGGCCUGUCAAAAGGGGUCUCGGUCAGCCGCACAGAUGUCUACGGCAGGGUACCAUUACAUUACGCCAGUAUGCACGGGCGCCUCGAUAUGCUCGCUGCAUUACUAGACGCCGACCCCAAGACUAUCGACCUAAUCGACCAUGACAACUUCACGCCGCUCAUUCACGCCAUAAUACAUGGACACUAUGAAUGCGUCAACCUACUACUGGUGAACUCGGCACGCAUUGAUCCCAUAUCAGACACAGACCACGUUCCCGUAAACUUGGCAUGUGAGCAUGGCUCAGCAGCAAUUGUAGAGUUGUUGUUGAAGCAGGGUGCCAAGAUUGUGCCGGAUGCAGAAGGACUUUACCCUCAGCAUCUGGUGGCAAGGUCGGGACAGACCCCAGACCUGCUUCUACUACUCAACCAGUAUGGAGCAGACCUCAACCAGAUGGAUAAGCUCUACGGUUGGACACCACUUGUCCACGCCGCCAGCGAGGGCAACUUGCCUUGUCUCAGGGCACUUCUCGAGGUUGGAGUCGACCCGAAUAUCCUGGACGAGAAGGGCCUUCCAGCUCUGUACUAUGCGGCUUGGGAGGGCCAUUUGGAGUGCAUGAAGCUCCUGAGUCCCUUGAAUAGAACCAAUGCCCCGAGUCCGCUGGUUAGACCCAUUCCAGCCACACCCCUCGGCCUUCUGGGCAGCAGUAGUGCCCCAAUGCCAAUGGCACUGGAUCCCGAUGCAAUUCCAGUGCUGGAGCUACCGCCGCCAAUAAUCCCGUUGCGUCGAUAUGGGCACAACUUCUUGGACACCAAGACGGUCGUCCAGAUCAACUUUGGCGAGGGUGGCCAGCAGCCGCUAAUGUUCUUCCACAACAGCAAGUACCCGGCCUCUCGACUCACCAUCUCCUCCAAGGCGUCCGACCUGAUUCCCAAGAAUAUCAUACUCCCUUUCCAAGAGGAUACCCGUCUCGUUUCAUUCCAUGUUGACAAUCUCGAUUCUUUCACCUUGGACUUCGACGUCUUCCCUGCCUACGGAGCCAAAGUCAUCGCCAAGACCGUGGCCCUUCCGAGCACUUUCCGGGCUUUGCUGAGUAGCGCAGGUAGCAGUUGUUGCCUGCCGCUAUUUGACCCGAGGUUGCGAGCCAUAGGUCAGAUCAGCUUUCACACUCAAGUCAUUAAGCCGUUCCGAGGCGUUCCGCUUGAGAUAUCGGACUUUGAGACAUACUGGAAGGCCACAAGUCAGUUAGACGGGCAACCAAGCACGUUUGUGUCGGGCUCUAGCCUCUCUGGGGAUUUUGUACGUCUCCACGUGCAGCAAACGAGCGAUGGGGUGCCCGUCCUUUGGCCCUACUGGACGGUAAGCUGUGGUAAUGGGGUCGAAGUCCCGGUCGCUCGCUUGAAGUACGAGCAGUUUGCCAUAGCCGUAGCGGCAUCCGGACCUGCUGUAUUCAACAACGUCACCGAAAGGGUAUCGGGUAUAGCCAGGCAAGUAGCAUCGACACCGCCGGACCGCAUCUCGGAUGUGCACGAGAUACUGGCCACUUCGGGCAUUCGACUCCAAGAUGCAUUCCUCAUGCUGCCGGCAGGCAUGCACGUCAACCUGCAGAUAAUCUACCCGACUGCGGAGGAGGACAGGGAAUUGGGACUUCUGGGGCCUGGAGCGGACAUGAACACCUUUGCGGACGACGUCCUGUCCGUGGUGUUUGACCACGCGCGUGCACAGCGGGCCCAGGCGCCGGAUGUGGUCAGAUCCGUCGUCUUCAGCUCGUACAACCCCAGCCUGUGCACGGCGCUCAACUGGAAGCAGCCGAACUUCCCCGUGUUUCUGUGUAACGAUCUCGGCCAGGAGAUGGCGGAUGGUAUGACAUCCCAGAUUGGCGGUACCGAGAAGGCAUGCGGCAGCAGGACUUCGUCGAUCAAGGAAGCCGUGAGGACGGCAGAGAGCAACAAUUUCAUGGGCUUGAUAUGUUGCUCUUGUUUAUUUGACAUGGUCCCCGCGCUUGUGGAUGCCAUCAAAUCCCACGGCCUGGCUCUCGUGGUCGACAAGUCAAGAGAACGGCAGCCGGAGACUGGCGGUCUGGUCAUGGACCGCUUCCCGCGCCUACCUAAUGGAGUGGAUGGGGUUCUGAAGGGUAAUGGAGUGCUACGGUUUAACGAAUCCAUUGACAUGUAACGAAGUCCUUGCAUUAUUUUCUUUUGUUUUCGUCUAUUUCGGUGAGAGGUUUAACAGAUAGAAAUCGUGGGGCUAGGGAUGGAUGAAAUCGAGUCACGUCAUUGGCAGCAUGAGAAAAGACCUCCCCGUUAGGAUGUAUCUAAUACAAGUGAAAAAGUAACGCAACUAGGCGGUAGUGUGUCCAGCCUUAAAGUUUCAUGUUGGAUGAGGUAUCAUACUCAAUAAAUCGUGCAUAUUGUUACAGCUCCUUUCACAAACCAAAGCGGCUCCAUCAUAACUUGGGCCCCUUUCCUUCAAGUUCGGGGGAAAACUGACAAAACAAAACCCAAAAGGACAAAGUAGAGACAGAGAAAGAGAACAAACAAAAAAAAAAAAAGAAAAUACCUAGAGAGGCAAAAAAUCACGCGCCCUUGUUCUCAUACUUGAGCCCCGUGAGAUCCCUUUCGGGAUCGACGCUCGACAUGACGAGCUUGGCAGCGACGACGACUGCGUAAACGACCGCAGGCAGGCACGCCAGCAUCACCCGACUCACGUGCUCAGGCGCCGACCGUCCCUGCUGCGGCGGCGUCAGGGCGAUCAAGACGGCCAUCAAGAGAAGCAGGGCGCACAAUCCAGCAUUGAGGAGCGGCAGGUACGUCUCGAGCGGCGACCUGUAGCCUCGUCCAUAUGCGCCAAUCCCCCCGCCGGCAGCCGCGGAGAAGGACGACAGCCGACGCCUCCUGCUCCCGCCGGGCGCUCGCCUAAGAGGGGAGAAUGGUGGAUUAUUGCUGCCGCUACUGUCUUGGCCGGCGCCGCGAGCCCAUUCGUCCAGGACCGCGAUGCCCGUCUCGGUCGGUUCCUGGGCGUAGAGCAGCCACGUGGUCGAGGCCAGCGAGGAUAUGCCCAGCAGGGUUGGGAGGAUGAGGGACGCCUCGGGGCGGCGGAAGAGGAGGACCAGGUACGGGAGGGUUGAGAGCACUGGCAGGGCGAGCAUGGCGAUGCGGAACUGGGCGUUCCUGGAUGCGUUUUGGUCCGAGAGGGACUGGAUGAGGUUAUCUUGCUCUGUUUUUUUUUUGUCCAAAACCUCCGGGGUGCUUGAUGAGGAGUCGUCUGUCGGGUAUUGGAAAGUCUUGCGCAGGCGCGCCGUUGCCCUGCGGGGUACGUCCGCCAUUCUUUGAGGGCUAACGACGAGAUUAUCUAGAUAAUUUUUCCAAGACGCGGGCAGCCAGCUGCUGGGAUUUUUUU